GUUUCGAAGCUCCAGUAGUACGUGCAUUGAUAGAGAUAUCCGAGAGAAAGGCAACCAGGAAACCCAGGGCAAGAAAAAACCUGGCAUCGGGAAGUUCUUCCGACACCUGAGCAGCGCCAAAACAUCCCCUAGGCAUGGCCCGAAGUCUGGACUGUCCAAGAGUCUCUCCCAGGCCGAAAGAACAGAAAUCGAUGAUACUGCGAGUCGAGGUAAUGAGCCGGAAGAAGAGGAACAAAUGAAAAUCGUGAAAAUGGUGCAGGAGAGCUACGUCUCAACUCGUCCGCAGCAGACACAAUCGGUUAUUGCGGAAUUGGGUCGAGCGAUGUCUUGGUCUUCUCAGGGCACUAAGAAAAAAGACAAAAAUUACAUGUCCUUGUUCUUUACGGAAACUCAGCCGGUAAAUUCAAAAUCUUUUGUUUGUGAUCCCAGCAAUGAAUCUCAUGCUUGGAAUCAAGAGAUUCCAGCGUCUCAAGAUACCCCUGCUACUAGUUCGGAAGCUCCGUUGAACCACGUUCCAGCUUGCACAAGUACUACAACUAUCAAUUCCGUCACUGCCAAAGAUACUAUUACCACAUCAGCCGUCUGUGGAGGAGAUUGUGGAAAUAUUAUGUGUAGCUUGAGUCCUGCUUGUAUCGAAGAAUCUUUCGAAGAUCAGAAAAAAACGAGUUGCCCUUCACCUAGUCUGGGUUUGCCAAGUGAUGAUGCAUCUGACGAUGGUAGCUUGAGGCGAAGGACGAAGUCUGAUGGCUGUUAUUCAUCCACCUACAGAUGUAAGACAAGUAGAAGAAGUAGUCCCAGUCUGGACUCAUCCAGAGAAUUGCUGUCACCUCCUGCAUCAGAAGACGUAGACGAGAUCGAUCAGGGUCUCUGCGAUCCAAUUCGACUUCCUCACAGUGCUUCUUCAUCGACAUGGAGUGGACGUGUAAGAGACUUAAAGAGGGAAGUUAAGCAUCGUAUCUGUCGGUUACGGUCUCCUAAGAACUGCAAUUCAAACUCGGCUCCCGACGCCAGCACAGUUCUUUCGGAAGUGACAACAUCAACAGAAAGCAUCUCAAAAGAAUGCGACACUUCUCUAAAUCACCAGAGUGCAAUGUCGAGCAGCAAUCAGGGAUUCAGCAACACGGGGGAGGAGGAGCAUUUCCCUGACCCUUGCAGAGUGCUAAGCAGAGCCAGGGCACUGGUUGACUGCACCCCAAGUCCUUACGAUAAAGAUGGACUAGCUUUCAAAAAAGGAGAUAUCAUCGAUAUUCUCGCAAAAUCGAGUUCCGGAUAUUGGGUUGGCAGGUUGAGGAAUCAAGUGGGCCAUUUUAAAUUCAUCAAUGUGGAAGAAAUUCAAUAUGGCGAGAAGAAAGGCACUCAGCGCCGACUUUCAGCCUUCGAACAAAAGUCUAAUACUUCGAAGACUUUGGAAGAUCUCUUAGAAUACCUAGGUUUGGAGACUUACAUGAAUGUUCUGGUUCUCAAUGGAUAUCACAACUUGGAUACUCUGAAAGGCUUGGAAGAACAGGAUUUACUCGCCUUGGGAAUUGCGAACUCGGAUCAUCGCUUGAAGCUGCUGAAUGCUAUCGACCGUCUUGAAGAUUUAAAUCCAAGUAUUGCUGCCUCAUAUGACACUGCAGAAGGAAAUGAUUCACCCCUGCAUCAACAAAAGAUAAACAAAACUCCACCAUUUUGCACAAGACUGGAUGUUUUCUCUUCUCCAAGAAAACGCAGCGAAUCGUGUACAGUGAAUUUGCAGGAAACUUACAUGCCUCAUCUUUCAUGCUCACCUAAAGAAACAAAUCAAGAUAGUUACCACGUGACCGCUUAUGAUAGCAACGAAAUAAAUAAUCUCGACCACAGUCUGCCUCCCAUACCAUGCAACGGCAUAGAACGAACAGAAGAUGAUUCCCACAGAGAUAUCCUAAACAUUCCAUUAAGCAGAGCUGAAGAAAAGCUUUACUUUUACUCUGACUUACAAUCCAAUCAGAAAAUACAAUACUCUUAUGGACGUGGAAUUAGCGCUUAUUCAGAGCAACUGUACUUUUCGAGGGCGGGACUUGUAAUAGACACUCCUGAAAGUGAUCAUUUUCUUUCACAAAUGAACUACUUAGAAAAACUGUCCGAUUUGUCAAUAGGCGGGUCGACGUUUGGUCAUUUAAAUGGGUCAGUGUAUCCCAACAGUGGAGCAUACAUCACCAAAGAGGAGAAAUACCUAAUGGAAUCUUCUCGAAGGAAGCUAAAAGACAAAAUUCGAACAUACAGUCAAGACAUCACUCAAGGACAAGUCCGUAAUGAAUCGGAUUUUAAUGGUUACUUACUAACUGCCGAUGAUAGCUCAGAAUCUUCGAUCCAGAAUUCUUCUAGCUUUGAUUCUCAAAAUAAUGGAAAGUCACUAACACUACCUCGUAAAAAGAAAGGUUAUUUAAAUAACGAUUUGUUGAUUUUUAAGGCAUCUGAUUCCAGUGGUUAUAAAUCUGACAGAAAAAAUAAAAAAUUGCGUCGCAGGAAAGAAAGCACACAAACACUUCUUCAUUGCCCUUCCGAACCAUUCACUUUAGGAGAUUUCAUUGCCAAGAAGCUGCAAGAGGAACAAAUCGAUUUGUGUGCUGAACCCUACACUGAUAAGACUGGAUUUUGCGGAAUCCCUCCUGCACUGGUGCAGAGGUAUGCAGACGAACUUCAGCAAGACAUUUUCGACGUCGCAGAAGCAUUAGAUCGUGAAAGAGUCCACGCACUACAAAUGAGAGGAAGGCCAGCGGUUCCAAAUGACUUCCUGGCCGAUUCUUGUUGUGAACCUGUUGUCGAAGCCAAUUACAGCAGUCUCUCAAACUGGCUGAUUUCACUAGGUCUACCAAUUUAUGAGAAAUUGUUCCAAAGAAAUGGCUGUACAGAACUAUAUCAUAUGGCCGGUUUAAGCGACAGUGACUUGCACCACUAUGGGAUAGAGAAUGCGAAACAUAUCCGUCUCCUAAAAACUGCUAUUGAAGCUCUUCAUAUACAUAUUGAGCACUGUCAAUAUAUAGCAUAAUGUAACAUUUUAAUUCUUUUAAGGAACAUAAAAUUGCAUACAUUUAAAAAACAUAAUGAACAAAUACUUUCAAAUAUGCUCAAAUAAUGAAUGAUCAUCGCGAAAAUGUAUGAAAGUAAUUCUAAUAUUAAUGGAAAUGAAAAUUAUUUUAAAAAAAAAGCUCUAAAUUUUAAAAUACGUCAAAUGCCAAUGUAAUUAUUUUAGCUUCACUAACUUUAUCUAAUUGUUUGACUGAAUGAAUGCCACAGACUUCAUCAAUGCUAAUUAUUCAGUUGAGAAAUAUUUCUGGCAUAUACAUUAAAAUAAUUCAUUUUAAUGUUUUUUCACCUUUUUUAGUUUAUAAAUGAAAAAGAACUAGAUUAUGUUAGGAAUACAAUCAUGGCAAAGCCCAAAAGGGCCAUUUGUCUUGAUAUUUUGUAUAGCACCUUUCUGUUACAAAUUAUACGUUAGCAGGUAAUGAUCCAGUAGAUUUAAUCUAAAAAUCUGAAAAACUUCGUAAGAUUACAGCUUUAAUUUAAUAUCAAAGUAAAACCGAAUUUAAAGAAGGUAAAAAUACUGUGAAAAUUCAAAAAAAAAUCUUUUUUUUCGGGGGGGCAGGGAACAAAUCAAAAGCAUAUCAUUCUUAACGCAAUAUCAUAUUGCCGACAUUUAUAUGUUGAAGACUGUUUUAAAAAUUUCAUUUAAUGUUAUUUUUAUUCUUCCCAGUUAAUGCUCCUUCACCACUUUCGGUAGCGAUUAAUUUCUAAUUUUUACAGAGAACCUAUUAUCUGAACUUUAAUUUUCCAAACUGCCCAACGCCUGUUUGAAGGGUAAAUCGAAAAUAAAGAAGCCUAGAAAAAAAUUCCUAUUUUUUUAGAACAGUGGAUAAGUGCAAAAGUUUAAUUAAUCGGUUAAGUAAACACUUCAUUUCUAAAGUUUAGGUGUAGCAAUGAAAAUUCGAAAAACCUGAUCAAAUGCUAUUAAUUCUAGAUAAUGCAUCUACAUAUAUACAUAUAUACAUGCAGGUCUUUUUUAAAAUGAAUUUAUCUCAUUUUGAUUAUUCUCUAUGCCAACUAAUAUUGACAUUUUUGGCGUAGCCAACAGCUUAAAACUGAAAUUUUCAGCUUGAUAGAUAUGAUAAAAACAUUCAGCUUUAUAUAAAACAGAUUUCAACGAAACUGUUCAGCAGAAAACUCCGAUUUAUAAUUUACUAAAAAUUUCAUUUAAAUGACAUUUGCAUGGUAGCUACAGAUAUUUGGAAUUCUGUAAAAAUUUGAUUUAAAGAAGUGCCAAAGUCAAAUUUUAAGUAGAAAGAAAGCUAUGAUGAAACUUAGAAUUACAAUCCACUAAUCUGGGACAUAGAAUGCGAAAACAUAUCAACUUUUUAAAGACUUUUACUGAAAUUUUCAUAUGGUAUAUAUUGAAAACACUAUCAAUAUAUCGCACAACGCAUCAUUUUAAUUCUCUUAUGGAACAUAUAACUGCAUUCAUUUAAAAACGAUAAUAAACGAAUACUUUCGAAUAUUGUCAAAUGAUGAAUGAUUAUCGAGGAAACUUAUGAAGGUAAUUCUAAUGUUAAUGAAAAUAAAAAAAAACCUUUUAAAAAAAGUAUGAAAAGGGAUAUGAAGAGAACUGGGAAAACCAAAAUUAUUAUGGACAUGAAAUUAAUGAGUUGUUAAACAUUCAAUGCAAAUACUCCUAAAUAUAAAACCCGCGUAUGAAAGAUGUUCUUCAAAGCAAUAAGCAGCUCAAGGUUUUUACACUAAAAAUUAAAAAACCGAAUUAACUACCGAUUUUUAUAAAAAUUAUUAUACUUUUUAAAGAGGUGGAAUAAGAUAAUUACUUCGACUGAUUUUUGAAACUAUUCAGCACCAGUCGAGGUUAGUAUGCUACAAGGUUUGCUCUUCUAGAUCAAAGUCAACCAGAAUGGGGUUGUUAGCGUCCAAGACCAAGGAUUAUAUUUUAUAGAAUACGAAGGAUUAUAUAUUAAUGGUGAAGGAUUAUAUAUUACGGAACCAUUUUCUUUCUCAUCAAAAAUCUUAAAAAGCGAGCAGAAAGGAGAAAAUACAUAAUAGUUAAAAAUAGAAGAUCUAGAAACAGGCAUAUAGCUCGAAAAGGUUUUGAUAGAAAAAAUGAAAAUGAGAAUCAUAUUCUUUUGGUAACGUUUUUUAUACCUUGCAUUUUACAAUAUUUUCGGUAUUUUAUAUUUUUAUAUACAUUACAACACUAAAGCAAAAAUCGGAUGAAUAAGCGAUUAAAGAUUAAAAGGCUCCUUGGCACAACGGACCGCGUAUUAAGAAUAACCUGAGCACUUCGGCACUACAUAAAAUAACUCCACAUUAAAUAAACAAUAAUUCAAAAGCCCAGGAUCUGUAUGAUCAAUAAUUAGUUCCGUAACCGCCUUUUUGCUUGUCAUACAUCUCAAAUCGAAAUAUUCUACAUCGGAACAUGGUUAAUUUUAUACCUACUGAAUAAUUUGUAUCAGGAACAAACAAGUAUUUGAAUACCAAAGAGCAUGGUAACUCUUUAUGUUGUCAUUACUUGGCAAUGAUUACAGACUUCAGUUAACUCAACUCUGAAACGCUAAAUAUGUUAACAAAGAGAAACUAACAGAAAUUUCCUUCCAUAUGCACAAAAUAGAUUUUGUAAAUACUACGCACAGGCCAAAAAAUUCUAUUUAGUGUUUUUUGAAUUCAGAAUAACUGAUUUGUUAUUCAGAUGAGCCCAAGAGCUGGUGCAGCCACACCAGGCGGCAAAAUUAUUCAAAUUUGGGGAAGGCACUGGGACUCAAAAUUUAGGGGCAGCAAGAUUUUUUUAAUUUAGAGAGCCGCUUGGCACAGAAUUUAGGACACGUAGACACAGCACCGGGGCGCAAGAUGUCUAUAGAAAGCCUUAAAUGUAUGUGGGAAUUAUUUAUUUGGAACUCAGAUAAGUCUUCAGCAUGCGCCAGGAAAAGGCAUAAUUAUAAUAAAUCACUAAACUAAUAUAAUUCAAGCUUAACUUCGUCAGCAUGUGAUAGAAGCAAGGCAAAAUUUAACAGAACAAUAUGCCUUUAGUCGUCAAUAAUGUAUAGCUGACGCGAACUAAGUUUUAUGAUGACAGCCGCGAAUUUGAAGGUUUUCGUAAUUUUUUUUUCCCGCGAAUUUGAAGGUCGCCAACAAAAAGCAAAUUUUUCCAAUUAAUGAAAUUUGUGAAUAAAUGUGGAGAUUUGGUAAUAAAUA